CAUCGUAUAAUCUACUUCAUUGCAGAAUCUCGCUGAAGCAACGAGCUAUCGACAUGUCUAACGGAGCCACGGUUGGCGCAAUCCUUGCCGCUCUUGCGUCUGUGGCAAUCAUCGGAGGAGCAAUAUACUACCUGAGAAAGUGGAUGUACCACCGCUGCGUACAAUUAUUGAAUUGGUUGAAGCUUUUGUCCCAUCUGAGAUCUGCUCAAGCCCUCGACGAAGAAGCUGGUUAUCUCAACGGACGCGAGAAGAGAAUGUUUGUAAGGAGGCCGCAGCCUUUUGAGUCACGUUUCAGACCAGACGGGAUGGUAAACAUGAUAGAUAUGCAAGCCAUACGUCGUCGUCAGUUCAUGGAAAAUGCCGGAUGGAGAUGGCUGAGAUCGAUAGGACGGGGAACCCACUGGAGAUGGGAUGGCGGCUCGAACAGACACAGACCAAGGACACGAGUAGGACCGCAUGAUAUCGAGCCUGCAGUCGGCAAUGUUGAUUUGGGGAGGCUACCACCAGCUUCGAUGGCGCCAUCGGAGUCUACAAUCAGAGAUCUUAGUUUGAGAGGGCCGCCAAUUGUUCCGAGAGCAAUAUUCGAGCCUCCGAUUGCAGAUUUAGGAUUCAAAAGACCCCCGGUGUUUCCGAGAGCGAGGUUUGAGUCGGUCUACGGGUCGAGAAAUACCAAGAUUGAUCCUUUUAUGGCUGGAGGACCGUCCCGCGGGCUUUGGCCUGAGAUACCGCGCCCGAGACACCAUUUCGCAGUCGGAGAUGUGCGGAAUCAUCAACUAAGACACGUUUCGCGAUUCCAAGUUCCUCCUGAAAUGUCCCCGAGAGUCUUUUCUCGAAUGGAUAGUCGAGAAAACCAGUGGCCCCUUCAUGGUUAUCCCUUUGAAGGCACAGGGUUUGGUACAGGGCCGCCUUUUGGGAAUUUCACUGGACGACCAUUAGGGCGCACUGGGGGCGAUUUUCCGGACUCCUUCCGGCCACUUGGUAGAUCACAAUCUCUACCGAUUUCCAGAAAGAACCCCUUCCUAUUCCCAAAAGGAGGGUCAGGAAUGAUGCCAUUUGACAUGCCAUCGGCAGGCCAGCGACAACGAUCUUCUGGACAUUUCCCGAGUGCAGGGUCAAGAAUGAUGCCUUUUGAUGUACCAUCCACAGGUCAGCGACGACGGUCUUUAGGGCCUAUGCCGGGUGAUCGGACGCGAGACAUGCGACCAUUUUCUAUGCGACCACCUUACCCCUCAUUCAGUCCCAACUAUCCAGAGCCGCUACAGAAUAUACAGCGCAACGGUGCAGACAACCCGGAUCUUCGGUCACGUUACAGCGAUGUGGAGCAAGCCGGAGAUGUCAGAACAAUAGUGAGCAACAAUGAGCAAACCAACCAGCCAAAACUAGCCAGAAUGGAUUUCAUCCACAUAUGUGAUGAAUACCCACCAAUUGUCGCCGAAGCAGUUGGCCGUAAGGCUACCUCUGUAGCGACAUCAACAAUUCCCUCGAAUGUCACAUCGACUUCUGUCACGUCAUCUUCCCGCAGCAGUGAUCAAACUUCAAGGGCCCUGACAUCAAUCGCAACAACCCGGAACCAACGCGAACCCCAUCUUAAAUCUCGACGUCGAAGUCACCAACCCAGACAAGUGAAAAAUAAGCACGUGCCUGAUAAGCAAGAUGUUCAAAAACCUCCAAUUCGAUUGGAACAUUAUGCAAAAAACGCUGACGGACAUCGAGGAGGAGACACUGCUAGACCGAGUCUGACAGAUAACCGCCCCGCAAGUUCUCGCACGCGAAGACAUGUAUCCUACAAGACCCAACCCAGCGGUGACGGCGGAGAAAUUUCAUCAAAUGGAACAUCGCAACGUCAAACUACCUAUUCCUACCUCGAGUCCCCUAUCACUGCAAACAAUGAUAUAUCACAGUCUCUUUCACGCUCGUGGUCCGAAAGCGACAGGCACGAAGAUACGGAAUCACCGCAAAGUAACAGAGUGAUCAUCACUCCAGAUUCAAGAAUCGAAACGCUAAGCCCUACUAUCACACUCCCAAGAAACGACAUAGAGCCUCCUACAAAUCUGCCUAUAUUUGUUCGCCCAGUCAUUCCGCUACCUACAUCCUCCCUAUUGACAUCGACCUCUUCUUCGUCAGAAACUCUGCCGUCUCUGCCACUGGCAUCACACACUCCCCCUGCUCGGCGACAAAGUUCCCCAAGGCCUUAUGUUUCUUCAAAUCCAGCACAAGCAGGAUCACAACUCUCGAGUCAGAAUCCUCCUGCUCCAAACCCACCUAAUCUCGGCCCUCAAAUCACUCCAUUGCCUGAAUCACCGCCCUUGCCCCAUGGACAUGUAUAUACUCUUCCCUCUUCUACAACAUCUGCGCAGGGAGGACAAGGGGACAUUAACGACCCAAAGGCCGUAUUCAGUGUACAUACCGACAAGCCCAUACCACCAGAUUUUCCACAGCCGCCGCAGCAACUAGCGUUAAUGGCACCGCAACCCCAUACGGCGCGCAUUCCAACACCGCAGCCGCAGCCGCAGCCGCAGCCUAAUUCACCCAAACCGCCAAACCAACCCCAAGAUCAACAGAGUCACGCGCCUCCACAGCAACCGACGCCACCACCCCCGGCUCCAUUAUUUCACCCGACACAGCAGAAUCAACCCCAGUUGGAUCCACCUGAUGAUGAUCAAAAAAGACAUCAACGAGCGGACCAUCAAGAUUCUCAAAAUCUCAAAGCAGAGAAUGGAAUUACGCAAGGCGUACCACCACCACCGCCCACACUAUUAGGAACGAAACAUUCGCCAUCGCCGCCAACGUCGGGGAUCUCGACGUUGAAUCUUUCGCAUGCAGCGCCAUUUAAUCGUCCUGAAGCGGCAGCAAGGAACAGGGCAUCUUCACGGAGGAAUGAACGCGGGAAAGCGAAUGAGGUCAUGAAAAAUUAUGAGGCGGGCGAAUGUCAAUGGAAAUUAUCUCGUUGUUCGCAAAUUGCGACACCUUAUGUCGGCCGCGAUCCUUUGACGGAAUUUGGCAUUCUACGCCACUCCAGUUUUCUGUGA